UCCUCGGCUGCAUUUUUUCCCGCCCUUUAUUCGGAAACAUUUUCAUGGAAAGUGGAAGCGAGGCAGACUCCGCUGCGUCCUGAAGUCCUAGGGAGCGACGGGGCAUGUCGUCGUGGCAGAUUUUUUCCGACGCCGGGAACCACUUCCGGUGGGAAGUUUCCGAUGAGCGUCUCGAAGUCAAAUCCGAAUGCGAACAAAAUGAUUCGUUAUCUCGAAGUAGCAGCAGCUCCAUUCACCGUCUCCCAUCCAUGGCCGACCUCUUGCUCUGCUCUAGGCUUCUGGAAAAGCCCGAGGAUUCAGCUCGAGGUGCUCCGAUGUUUCGAACUGGAUUGGGAAAAUCGGUUCCGGUUAAACAGUCUUCAAUCGAGAAGGCGUUAUCUCUGCUUGGCGAUGAGAAUGCUCCCGAUUUAGUUCAUGCAGGACCACUGCAGAAUGGUGGCAAGUUCUCCAAUUCUCUUUUUCAGACAGGCUCUGGGAAAUCGGUCAAUGUAUCUUCUGAAGGUCUUCUAAGAGCCAAGACAUUAUUGGGUCUGGAAGAAGAUGAUAGUUGUUCCAAUUUUCAAAGCCUAGGACAAGCUAUCAGCCCAUAUGAUAUGAAAGGACCAUUUUUGGAAUCGAAAGGAGUGUGUGGUAUGGAGGAGAUGGGUGAUGAAUCAGUUCCUAUCUCUCCAUUGGUCUCUAAUACUGGCUUCUCAAGAAUUUCAUUGGAGAACCACGCUAGCCCGUCAUUCAGACAAAUCGAAUUUCCUAAUAAGGCUCCCAAGCCUCCUCCAAUAAAGUUUCAUACAGCUGGUGGAAGAUCCUUAUCUGUUUCAAGUGAUGCACUGCAACGUGCAAGAAGCCUUCUUGGUGACCCAGAGUUGGGAAGCUUCUUGGACGAAGGGGACAUGGAUUGUCCAACUUUUACAGUUCGUAAGGAGAAUAUAAGAAAUGCAAUGCCAUCAAAUGGGAAAUAUACUUUUCACACUCCUUCCUUCAACAAGGAAGAGCCAACUACUAAACACACAUCCAAAAGCUUUUCCCCCUUACGAUCAUCUUCUAGUGUUGUUCAAUCUUCAUUCCAGUCAAAAAAUAUAUUAGGGAGUAAUUUGAUAAAGAAAUUUGAUGCAGUUGAACAUGAAAGUUCCUGUGGGUUUGACGAUAAGAUAUCUUGUUUGCCAGAAAAUUUAGGCAGCCAGCAUAGUGAGCCAAGUACUCUAGUAGAGAAUGCUACUGGAAAUGGAAUUAAAUCAGGGAUCCAUUUAGGCGGGCGGUCAUUUGGUGGGCCAUUAAAUGACAUAUCGAAUGUUGUUGACACAAGAAUUAGAAAUGAUAGAGCAAAUAACAAAGAGAAGAGGAAGCUUUGGGGCACAAAUUCUGUAUCUCCAUUCAAAAGGCCUCGAAAUUCCAAGUUUUCCACCCCAUUGAAUAAGAAUGUGCCACUUGUUACCACAAGUUUAUCUACUUCAUCAUCUAAUAACUUUUGUUGCAAAAGAACGGUUUCCACUCGGUAUCCAUAUCAAGCUUCAAGGAUGUACAUCAAAGAGUAUUUUGGAAGACCUCCAUCAAACCAAGACAAUUUGGAUUACUUUUCUGAGGACGUCCGAAGGAUCAAUGCAGAAAAUGCAGGGAAAUAUAAAGUUCUUGACAACUCUGGUACAAAUUAUAUUGGAGUAGAAGCUUUUCGUCACAUGUUGGCUGAUUCUGGAGCUUCUCUGCAACAUGCUUCUGAAUUGUGGGUCCCAAAUCACUACAAAUGGAUUGUUUGGAAACUGGCCUGCUAUGAGAGACAAAAUCCAGUUAAAUCAAACGGAAAGUUUUUGACAGUUUCCAAUGUUCUUGAGGAAUUGAAAUAUAGGUAUGAAAGAGAAGUGAAUCAGGGCCACCGUUCUGCAAUAAAGAGAAUACUGGAAGGAGAUACACCGCCAUCUAUGAUGUUAGUUUUAUGUGUUUCAGCUAUUCGCUUAAAUUACAAAUCAAGGGCUCAAGCUUGUUCGUCUAUGAUGAGUGGGUCUGAUCAUGGUGAAGGGGCAAAAAUUGAACUGACUGAUGGGUGGUAUUCUAUUGAUGCUCUUUUGGACGGACCGCUGUCAAAGCAGCUUGUUACGGGAAAACUUUUUGUCGGACAAAAACUCCGGAUAUGGGGAGCAAGAUUGUGUGGUUGGGUUGGGCCUGUUUCACCGCUUGAGAUUUCAUCGACCGUUUAUUUAUCGUUGCACAUUAAUGGAACUUUUAGAGCUCAUUGGGCCGAUAGACUGGGAUUUUGCAAAAAUGGUGGUGUCCCCUUAUCCUUUAAGUGCAUCAAGAGCAGUGGGGGUCCAGUUCCUUGGACUUUGGUUGGUGUAUCACGAAAAUACCCUGUUCUUUACAAGGAUAGGUUAGGUGAUGGAGCGUCCAUAGUAAGAAACGAGAAGAUGGAGAUGAAGACCAGACAAUUAUAUGACCAGAGGCGCACGGCUGUCAUUGAUGGUAUUGUUUCUGAAUUUCAGAGAGGGAUAAAGAGUAGUAUCUACAAUGAGAACGACAGUGAAGAAGGGGCAAAAAUCUUUAAGAUCCUUGAGACAGCCGCUGAACCUGAAGUUUUGAUGGCAGAGAUGAGUCCUGAGCAACUGACUUCUUUUGCCACCUACCAAGCAAAAAUGGAGGCAAUCCAACAGUCUGACAUGGAAAAAUCAAUUGAGAAAGCAUUAUCAGAUGCUGGGUUAAAUGGGAGAGAUGUCACCCCUUUUAUGAGGGUGAGAGUGGUUGGACUUAUAAGCAAAAACAACAAAAGAAAAAGCCACAGGAAAGAGGGCUUGAUUACGAUCUGGAAUCCAACAGAGAAGCAGCAACUUGAGCUGGUUGAGGGUCAGGCAUACGCCAUUGCAGGACUUGUACCAAUAAAUUGCGAUGCAGAUAUUCUUUACUUGCAAGCAAAAGGAUCAAAUACCAAAUGGCAGUCUUUAUCGCCUCAGGCUAUGGAAUACUUCGAGCCCUUCUAUAGGCCACGAAAAUCGGUUUCGAUAUCAAAUUUGGGGGAAGUCCCUUUAUCUAGUGAAUUUGAUGUUGUUGCAAUGGUUAUACACGUGGGAGAGGUUUUUACAACUGCCCAUCAGAAGAAACAGUGGAUAUUUGUGGCAGAUGGUUCUAUAUUUGAGUCACAUUCAGGAUUAUCUAAUUCACUGCUUGCUAUUAGCUUCUGCUCGCCAUAUGUGGGCGACGAGUCAUUUGUGCCAAUGAACUGCAAUCUUGUCGGUUCCACGGCAGGCUUUUGUAAUCUUAUAAAGAGACCCAAGGACCAGAUAAAUCAUCUAUGGGUAUCAGAAGCAACAGAAAAUUCGUCCUACUUUCUGAAUUUUGAUUCCAUGGAUUGUUCUCACUUGAAAAACGCUGCAGUUUCUGCUAAAAGAUGGGCCGAGAAUUCUACCUCAAUUAUUGAGAAUCUCAGGGAGAAGAUUUUAUUUAUGAUUGGUGAUUGUAAAGGCUAAAUGGAGAAAGGAGCUGAUCAAGCCUGAUUCAAUGGUAAGAAUCUCUAUACACUUUUUCAUGG